AUGAGUAUUAACGGAGGGAACACCUUGCGUCGUAUGGCAACCAAGUCGGGAUCCUCGGGUGCUAUUGACGAAGAGGGGUUCAGACAUGCCUUUUCAACUGUUUCCUCUCUACCGAUAUACUCGGCACGAGAUCUUUCAGAAUAUAUGACAAAGAUAAAAGAGUCCCUCUGCGUCACUCCUGAGGACUGGGAGCGUCGUGUAAAUGCGUUGAAGGACCUCCGCAAUGUGGUUGGCAGUGGAGGUCAUCAGAUGGAUGAGUUUUCAGCCCUUCUUCGAACACUAGAGACACCCGUUCUGGGGUGCCUUCAGGACCUCCGAUCUCAAGUAGUGCGAGAGGCAUCGGUUACUGUGGCGUACGUUUGUAUCUUCCUCGAUCCCAUCUUUCAAUGUUGGCCCGUGCAUGUGCUAGAGAGGCACAUGGGCCUUAUUCAGGAAGUGCUAUGCAAGGGCGUCUCUGAUGCCGAUCAGGAUGCCCGAUCUGCAACUAGAAAGGCCUUCAAGUCCUUUGCUGAAAAGUUUCCCGAUCAAGUGGAAGCAGUGCUGCGGAAUCUGGACUUCGCCAAACGAAAGGCGAUAGAGCGUUCGCUCUCAUCAAAUGGGGCAGACGACCAAUCGAGCGCGGCCAGUGGAACCAGCAGCCGGACGGCCAGCCAAACAAAUUUGGCUUGUCCAAGUACUAAACGCACCACCCGACCAGCCAUGGGCACCUCUGGCCUCAGCAGCAGUACUCGUAGGCCCGCCAUUCCUAGUUCUGGCUCUACGAUAUCCGAGAUAGGACGGAAAAAUGUUGGUGCGUACGGUGACUCGUAUUCUCGUGUUGGUGCCAAAAAGAUCUCAGUGUCGCAGCCUGAUAGUCCUGGCUUGGUUGAACCGGCUAUUGAAGCCACCAAGGAUGUCCCAUCGGAGCCAGAGUGCAGCUUAAGUAGUGAAUCAAAAGUCACUGGGGUUGGCGAUAGCCCGGAAGAAGACCUCGGUGAAUUUUCUCAUGGCAAGGAUACCGCUAGCCGUGAAACCUCUCCUAUAAGGACCGCCUCGGAGGUGGACUACAAUGCGGGUGGGUCGAGUGCGGCUAGAGCCUAUGCCAAGACUCUUAGUUCCACGGUCGGCCGUCGGAAGGGACUUAAUUUCGGUACCAACUCUACAGUGCGCGGUCCACGGAGGACCUCUAGACCCCUGCCUCAUAGUCAGGACCCGUCUCGAGAGGGCUCACCAGUCUCCGCCGUUAGUGGAAACGUUCCCUACACUUACGGUGCUGCCAGUACCGCUGGCUCCGUCACUAAUAAAAGACCUUCGUUAACGUCGAUGAGCGAUGCUGGGUAUUCGCAGUUUAAGAGCCAAUCCCGUCGCCAAUACGAGUCAGACGACAAUGCUAGUGAGACGUCUUCUAUGUGCUCUGAGCGCUCGGGCCAAUCUAUGCCAGUAUAUCGCCGUAGCCACCUGCGUCCAGUCAACGGGUUCGGAGAGAUAAUCAAAUUGCUGGGGAGUUCUCAGUGGUCUGAGAAGAAGGAAGGUCUAUUACACUUGAAGGAGUAUCUCCGAUCGGGUCAACCUUUGAGCCAUGCAGAAGUUGUACGUGUUGCUGAGGUUCUCAGUGUAAUUUUUGGUGAAUCCUCGAGCAAGGUAAUCACUCCCUUUAUGGAGACACUGCAGCUCUUCAUCAAGGGCUAUCAUCAAUUCCUCCACGAGUGGAUCUAUAUUGCUAUGGUACGGCUCUUUAAUCGCCAAGGGCAGGAAGUUCUCUCAACUCAUCAGAAGUCCAUUGCUGACACACUUGCUGUUGUUCGGUCCCACUUUCCCCUCAAUUUGCAAUUUGCCUGUUGCUGUCGUUUCAUAAUUGACGACGCGAUGUCUCCUACACUGAAAGUGAAGGCACGAGUUCUGGAAUACCUUAAGGAUCUCCUCGUUAUGAUGCCUGUCGACGCCAUUAACAAUCCUUCCAGUGAGAUGGUGAAGAGCAUAGCUCGCGUCAUUGCCUGGUCCACGGAACCAAAGUCGGCUGACGUCCGACGAUUGGCAAGUCGAGUGGUAAUAAAGCUUUCGGACCUCAACCCGGCCGCAUUCGCCAGCGUGGUUAAGCAGAUGCCAAAGGCUUCUCAGGAUCAGUCAGCUAAACUACUAAAGACCUAUCAAAAGACUGCUACCGUCAGCGCCGGCAACCACGAGACUACCUCUCCUGAUGGAUCACGACCCACUACCCGAUUGAUCAAGCCGCAAGUGGGCAAUGGUGGCCGGCCUUUUAGCCCCAUAUCGCCAACUUAUGUACCCGUGGUACAACAGGAGGCUGAUCAUUUCCAAACCGCAGGCAAAAAUCGAUCGGUUAGCAUUCCUGACGGUCGUCUGGGGGUGGAUCCUUCUUCAAAUUAUUGUCAGCCGCCGCCAUUGCCGCCACCCUAUUCGGCUAACAUGGUAACACAUAACGGUCAAGUGGCCGAUGGAGCACAUCAUUACUUUUCCAUAGCCACCGGCAGUGGUCAGCUGCCUGCAGCAGGGGACUCCGGUAACAUGCAACACCUCCCAUCACAAUACUCCUACCUUCCUGCAAAAAGCCCACAACAACAACCUCCGACCUCGCUACUCAGCGGGUUUAGCAACGAUCUGCUCUACCCCAAGUUAAAAAAGCCCGUCAUCGGGUAUCAGACAUUGAAAAAGAUACGCGAGUUGCCUCCAGAGGACGCCAUUACCGAGAUUCUGCAGGAACUCUCCAACUAUAAUGACAGAUAUGAGCAACGGAAGGCGUGUAUGUUGAAGCUAAUCAAACUGCUACGAGAUGGGACCAUUCAGACUUGGGAAGAGCACUCAAAACCCACUCUACUGAUUCUCUUAGAGUCUCUCUCAGACACGUCGAACGAGACGCGUGCAUUGGCCUUGCGAGUGUUGCAGGAGUUGGUGCGCACACAGGGCGACCUUAUCAGCGACUAUGCCUGCCUAACUGUGAUGAAAAUUCUCGAGGCCUGUAAUGACAUUGACAAAGGGGUGAUUCGUUCGGCUGAGGAAUGCGCACAGACAGUGGCGCGCUACCUCUCCCAAGAGCUUUGUCUGCGUCUCCUCACCACGGUGAUCAACGACAGCCAGACCUCACUGAACUUGCCUGCAGUGAAGAUGCAGACUCAGGUCAUCAAAGUUUCCUCCCCCGAGCUGGUUCAAGAGGUCCUACCUGAUCUCAUUCCUGGACUCAUUGCGGCCUGCAACCACGAGGACAGUCACAUGCGCAAAGCCAGUAUCUUCUGUCUUGUACAGAUUGCCAUUAAGUUUGGCGAUGCUGUAUGGGACUAUCUCAACGAGCUGACUGCAAGCAAGAAGCGUCUUCUGCGCAUAUACAUUGACAAGGAACUAGAGGGAUCUGGCAAAUCGAGUGAUUCAGUUCGCAUAAGCGGCAAUCUGCCAAUCGCUUGA